CCACGUUGUGUAAACGGGCCCGGAGCAGCCGCUGCAGCCGGGCGGGGAGCGGGUCUGCGGGACCCCGGAGCCGCAGCCCAGAUAGCUUGUUAGCGUGAAACUGCUGCUGGGAAGGUUGGCUGGAGCCGUCUCCUCUGCAGCUGGCCGGCGUGGCUGCUGGAGACCGCACGGCGUGUCGGAGCUGUGCCCGCCCCGUAGGACGGCAGUGAGCAUGUCUCAGAAGAGCAGGAACCGACAGGCACGUGGGGGGGAGAUCACGGCCAGUCCUGCUGGCAGCGGGGAUGCAGCGAGGACAGGAGCUGCCGCGGUGCCCCGUGGGCAGCUGAAAGGCAAACGGAAGGUCCUGGCAGAGCCCAGUGGGACGGAGGUGUUGACCGUGGAUAAGAGGAGGAAGGAAGGGGAGGUGGCGGAGGGGGGAGGAGCUGGGAGCCUGGGGGAAGCCGUGAGGCAGGCGCGGCUGCGGGUUGCCCCCUCUGUGCAGGACUUCAAGUACAACAAGAAGCGAGUGCGUCUGGUCUCGCAGGGCUCUGACCUCAAGGAUGCUGCCAAGGGCGUUGUGUACUGGAUGUCUCGAGACCAGAGGGUGCAAGAUAACUGGGCUUUCCUGUACGCCCAGCGCCUGGCCCUGAAGCAGCAGCUCCCUCUGCACGUCUGCUUCUGCCUGGUGCCCAAGUUUCUGGAGGCCACCAUCCGUCACUUCGGCUUCAUGCUGAAAGGCCUGCAAGAAGUGGCUGAGGAGUGCCAGGAGCUGGACAUCCCCUUCCACCUGCUCAUCGGCUUUGCCAAGGACGUGCUGCCUGCCUUCGUGGCGGGCCGUGGCCUCGGCGGAGUGGUGACAGACUUCUCCCCGCUCCGCGUCCCCAUGCAGUGGGUGGAAGAGGUCAAGGAGAGGCUCCCGGGAGAUGUGCCCUUUGUACAGGUUGAUGCACACAACAUUGUCCCAUGCUGGGUUGCCUCAGACAAGCAGGAGUACGGAGCCAGGACAAUUCGACGGAAGAUCCAUGAUCGGCUCUCGGAGUUCCUCACGGAAUUCCCUCCCGUCAUCAAGCACCCGUACUCGUCCGCAGCCCCGGCAGAGCCCAUAGACUGGAACGCCUGCCACGCCAGCCUGCAGGUGGACUGCUCGGUGAAGGAGGUGACUUGGGCGACGCCGGGGACGGCCGCGGGGCUGGCUGUGCUGGAGUCGUUCAUAGGCGAGCGGCUGAAAUCCUUCGGCACCGACCGGAACAACCCAAACAGGACAGCGCUCAGCAACCUCUCGCCGUGGUUCCACUUUGGCCAGGUCUCCGUCCAGCGGGCCAUCCUGGAGGUGCAGAAAUAUCGCAGUAAAUACAAGGAGUCGGUGGAUGGCUUCAUCGAGGAGGCUGUGGUCCGCAGGGAGCUGGCCGACAACUUCUGCUACUACAACAGGAACUACGACAAGGUGGAAGGUGCGUACGACUGGGCCAAAACCACUCUGAAGCUCCACGCCCAGGACAAGAGGUCUCACCUCUACGAGCUGGAGCAGCUGGAGGAGGGGAAGACGCACGACCUGCUCUGGAACGCUGCCCAGCUCCAGAUGGUUCAUGAGGGGAAGAUGCACGGGUUCCUACGCAUGUACUGGGCCAAGAAAAUCCUGGAGUGGACCCGCUCCCCCGAGGAGGCCCUGAAGUUCGCCAUCUACCUCAACGAUCGCUAUGAGCUGGACGGCCGGGAUCCCAACGGCUACGUAGGCUGCAUGUGGUCCAUCUGCGGGAUCCACGACCAGGGCUGGGCCGAGCGGGCCGUGUUCGGGAAGAUCCGUUACAUGAACUACGCCGGCUGCAAGAGGAAAUUCGACGUGGGGCAGUUCGAGCGCAGAUACGAUCCCCGCAACCUGGGCCAGUAGGCCUGCGGGGGGGGGCAGCUCCUGCUGAAACCAGGACGGCUGGGGCUCGUGGGGUGGGGCCUCUGCUGGGCCUUUGAAUGUUUGCAUUUCCCCUGAAUACCAUUGAAAGGCCCGUGCCGCUGAGCCGAGAGCCAGCGGGGACUCGGCUGCCCUUGCCACGGUGCCUCUUGUCUACGGAUUCCCCCAAGGCAGCAGUUUGGGCGCAAUGCCAGGAGCUGGGGCAGCAAGCCUCCGCUUUUCCCUGGAUGCCCAAAGCUCUCUCUGGCACAGCCCUGGAUGUGCCACCUCCCCCUACUAGCCGGGGCCAGCUCUAAAAGCUCCUUUGAUAUUUCUAGAGGGGACAGGCUCGCCAGCCACCCCGCCUGCUCAGGGAGGAGACACUGUGCCUUUUCCAGCGUAGCCCUCGCCUGCAGCAGGUAGACAGGCCUGGUCUUAGAGCUCUGGGAUGGAAAACUGCAGCAUGUAGCUUCGCGCUUCUGCAUUGGUGGCGUCUAGAACGAGCUGCUGGGGGGCAGAGGUGGGGGAAUCUCAGAGCAGAUCCACUGCUGCUGGCAGGAUCUCAGCUUUCACGCCGAGCAGGGAAGAUGGGAGCUCCCGGGGUGAAACACACUGACCUCAAGUGGCUGCGUUACCUCGAGGGGCUUUCCCGCCCCACCCCAUGCAGAGAUGGAUGCUUGUCUCACCCCACGCAGGAAGCAUAGAAUCAUAGAAUAUCAGGGUUGGAAGGGACCUCAGGAGAUCAUCUAGUCCAACCCCUGCUCAAAGCAGGACCAGUCCCCAAAUGGCCCCCUCAAGGAUUGAACUCAUAACCCUGGGUUUAGCAGGCUCAAACCACUGAGCUAUCCCUCCCCCCUAAACACAGGCAGGGUUUUCAGAGUGGCUGUUACAGACCCCGCUGCAAAUCACUGGGCUUUUGUCUUAAACCUCACAACACCCAGCCCUGGUGUCCAGGUCAUUUCUGCAGCAGCCAGCAGCAUUUCGAUGGGAUCAGAGGAAGACGAGACCUGGAGCCGCCCAGCCCUUGCCCUAAAGCUUAGCAAGCUGCAGCUCAGUUCAGAGCAACGGUCCACCAGACUGGAUCUGCUCUGACAGCCUGAGAUGCUCCGGGGAUUGGGACAGUUGGGCACUACUGGCUACCCGCAGCCGCUAGUGCUGCACGAGGCCGUGAAGCAGAGGCCUAGACACGGUCAGCCCAGCAUGUUUUUAUGCGCGAGUGUCUCGUUUCUGGAGCGUUACUAAGCUCUCUGCUGCGUCUUGCACCUUUACAAAGGCGGCUCUUUCCAUGAGUGCGUCUGCCCUGACAUCAGCAGUUAGGGUUCCCCCCGUCAGCGUUAACAUUACCCAGAACACUAGCGGGCACUGUUGGGUCAAAGGUAAAGCCAAGAACAUACCUACACCCGCCUAUCCUGAACUGUGCAGCAUCGGGCCAGGGUUUAAUCCAACUGGAAUAUUGACUUAAAUGGUAAAUUGGAACAUCUCUUCCUGCAUCGCUUGGCUUUCUGGGCUGGUCACCCAUCCACAUCAGAACCAGGCCUGAUCCUGCUUAAUAACACAACUACAGAUUGAACCUCUCUAACCUGGCAUUCCCUGGUCUGGCAACAUCCAUGGUCUGGGAUAGAUGCCAACUCCAUGGGUGCUCCUGGGCUGGAGCGCCCAUGGGGAAAAAUUAGUGGGUGCAGAACAUUCACCAGUGCCAAGCUCCUCCCUCUGCUCCCCUCCCUCCACGCCGCUGCGGUACCAGCCUGGGGUGCGGACGGGUAAGGCUGGGAUCACAGCUGGGGAUGGCUGCGGAGCCUUGCAACCGGGACCCUGGACAGCAGGAGAGGGGCCGGUGACCAGGACCCGGGUAUUGGAGCCCCUGGGCAGGGGGCAACGCUGGCCGCAAACAGGGCCGG